GGCCCAGCAGGCCCUACAGCCCCGGGCGGAUGGCUCGGGCGGCCGGGCUCCGCGGCGCUGCCCCGCGCGCCCUCCUGCUCCCGCUGCUCCUGCUGCUGCCGCCGCCGCAGCCACUAGCUCAUGCCAGGCCACUGGACACCCACUACCACCAUCAUGUGAGUAGGGGGCAGAAGCCGUGGCAUGCAGCUCUAUCUAGUAGCCUGGCAUCUGUUUCUGAUGUUCAGGAGGCCCCCAGGCCUGCUGGUGGCUCCAGACCUCCACGCUGUGGCGUACCUGACCCACCUGAUGGGCUGACUACCCGCAACCGGCAGAAGCGCUUUGUGCUGUCCGGUGGGCACUGGGAGAAGACAGACCUCACUUACAGAAUUCUCCGGUUCCCAUGGCAGUUGGUGCGGAAGGAGGUACGGAAGACGGUGGCAGAAGCCCUCCAGGUGUGGAGCGAUGUAACACCACUCACCUUCACCGAGGUGCAUGAGGGCCGUGCUGACAUCAUGAUCGACUUUGCCAGCUACUGGCAUGGGGACAACCUGCCUUUUGAUGGGCCUGGGGGCAUCCUGGCCCACGCCUUCUUCCCCAAAACCCACCGAGAAGGGGACGUCCACUUCGACUUUGAUGAGACCUGGACUAUUGGGGACAACCAGGGCACAGACUUGCUGCAGGUUGCAGCUCAUGAAUUUGGCCAUGUACUGGGGCUGCAGCAUACAACAGCAGCCAAGGCCCUUAUGUCCCCUUUCUACACCUUCCGCUACCCACUGAGCCUCAGCCCAGAUGACCGCAGGGGCAUCCAGCACCUAUAUGGCCGGCCACGGCUGGCCCCCACCUCCCAUGCCCCAACUGUGGAACCCCAAGAUGGAAUAAACACCAAUGAGAUCGCACCAUUGGAGCCGGAAACUCCACCAGAUGUCUGUGAAGCCUCCUUUGAUGCCGUCUCCACCAUCCGAGGCGAGCUCUUCUUCUUCAAGGCAGGUUUUGUGUGGAGGCUGCGUGGUGGCCAGUUACAGCCUGGGUACCCUGUACUGGCCUCUCGCCAUUGGCAGGGACUGCCCAGUCCUGUGGAUGCAGCAUUCGAGGAUGCCCAGGGCCAUAUUUGGUUUUUCCAAGGUGCUCAGUACUGGGUGUACGAUGGUGAGAAACCAGUCCUGGGUCCUGCACCCAUCUCUAAGCUGGGCCUGCCAGAAUCUCCAGUCCAUGCUGCCUUGGUCUGGGGCUCUGAGAAGAACAAGAUCUACUUCUUCCGAGGCGGAGACUAUUGGCGUUUCCACCCCAGCACCCAACGCGUGGACAGUCCGGUGCCUCGCCGGGUCACUGACUGGCGAGGGGUGCCCCCUGAGAUUGAUGCCGCCUUCCAGGAUGCUGACGGCUAUGCCUACUUCCUGCGCGGCCAUCUCUACUGGAAGUUUGACCCUGUGAAGGUGAAGGUUCUAGAAGGUUUCCCCCGUCUUGUGGGUCCUGACUUCUUUGGCUGUGCUGAACCUGCGAACACCUUCCGCUGACCGCAGCUUGGAUUCCUUCAGGGACUCUGAACCCUGUCUGGCUACAUAUAUCAGGAUAGAGGCCCACAGCAAUGUUUGUGGCUAUGGAAUCAGGCAUGGGACAGAGACUUUGUCUCCUCUGGGGGGUGUGACGGGUACAAUCAUCAUGACAACUGCAGGAAGGGCCACGCAGGUCGUGGUCACCUGCCAGCAAAUGUCUCAGAUCAGGGAGGCUAUGACAUUAUAUACAGGAGGGUGGUCUUGGGCCAGCUACACCCACCUGUGUAGGUCGUAGCCAAACCUGGGUUUUCAUCACUGUGCCUCAGGGUAGGACCUCAACAGAGAUAGGGAACUACAUGUUCUGACUCUAUCCCUACUGUGAGAUUCCUGUUAGGUACUGGUGCUAGAGCUGUGACGUCAGGGUCCCCAAUGACCUUCUGCUCUGGCCAAGCCACUGGACCUCCAGCACGGGUCUUUUCCUGCGAAGUCUACUCUGGAUUGAUGCUUGGAUCUUGCCACCUUGUGCCUACUGAUCCUAGAGAGCUCUUCCCCAGGGUUCAGGCAAAAAUGUCCACAGCCAGCCGGGGUGGGGCUGUGUCCCCUGGAGACCCUGAGGCCUGAAGGCCUCAACAUACCUCAGACAUGUCCAGGCCAUUUGUUCCUGAAGCCUGCAUUCUAGCACUGGUAUCCUCCAAAGUGAUGUAAAUGUGUGUACAGUGUACAAAACAAAGCCUUUUUUUUUUUUUAAACUGAGGACUAUCAUUAAAAACACAAUCAUUUUCUA